AUGGACCCCUUGAGCGUCAGUGCGAGCGUGGUCACCUUUAUCGGGCUCGCUCUUUCAAUAACCAAGGCCAUCCACGACGGCUUGCCUACAAUCAACGAUGGGACACACACCAUUCGAUCCCUUAAGGACGAGUCCGCCGAGCUGGGAAGGAUCCUUGAGCGACUAUCACUCAUCCCAAUGAGCACAACCGACGCAACAGAGCUUAACGGCUUAGUGAGAAAGUGCAGUGAUGAUUUGACGGGCUUAGAAGCCAAGCUACUUCGGCUUGACACGUCUGCGGCUGUUGGCCGCAGAUGCAGAGCCUGGCGGAAGCUGAAAGCCUGCUUUACGGACAGGGACCUGGCAGAGAUGCAACGCGUCGUUCAAGGCCACGUCCAGAGGCUCACGCUCUGGUUGAAUGUUUUACAGUUGAAACAAACUUCUUCUUCAGAGACACGAUGGACCGAAAUCCUCGGCACCGUUCAAAAACUCGACAGGAAUGUGGCGACCCUCUGCAAGGUUGAUUCUGUUCGGGCCGCUGGCGAAAGCUCAACACGUGGGCGAUUUGUGGAGCUGGACAGCAUGAAAAGGAUAUCUGGCCCUGAUCACAAAAUUUCACGAUUGAUGCAUCUGCUGGAAAAGAAGCCAUCUGUCGUUGAAUGUGACGAUGCACCGCAGCUUAUGGGUGACCUAGAGCAUCUGUUACGAUCCGUUCAAAGAGACGAAGUAACGAGUGCCGUUUCCGACGAGGCUUGCUGGCCUCUAGUAUUGAUGAAUACAAUGUCACAAGGAACGGUGCUCCACCAGGAACAGAAACGGAAAGUAAUCGAUAUCGGCGAUGGCGUCGUAACGUUAACGACCACCAAACGACGAGGGAAACACAAGAGACACUGUGAAAAUGCUGCAAGCAGCCAGGCCAUCUAUCGAAGGGAGUUUACGGCCCAGCUCGUCUUCAAGUCCAAAAGCACACCUACGAUGCUGACGCUGUCAGUGAAUCAAGGCCAAGUUCUCUUUGACAGCUUCACCAGCAUGCUUCCCGAAGUCAUAGUCAAUAAUAUUCUCCCCUGUGACUCUUUGGUGUUCCAACUCACCUCAAAUGGAUCUAUUCAGCAGCUGAUGACUCUGGUUGCUGAAGGCAAAGCCAGUCUCCACGACCACGACACUGAUGGCAAGUCAUUGUUGCAUCAUUCGGCAGGAAAUAUCUCGAUGUGCAGGUUCCUCGUUGAGCAGGGCUUAGAUGUGAAUGAGCUAGCAGGCUCAAGUCGAACACCACUUCAUUAUACGCAAUUUGUUCCUGAGACAGUUCAGUGUCUACUGGUCGCUGGUGCGGACCCGACCAUUGAAUCGGCUCACUCUGCAAGCUUUUUUCUCCAUGCUAGCGUCCAGACCGACGCUCGUGGCGAUUUGGUGCUUCGUGGAAUGUUCAACAGGAGCCCGUUUGUCCGUUAUGCGGAUCGAGGCACACUAGAGUGUAGCCCGUUCCUGAUGUGCUGCACCAUACCGUUCGAGCGGAGUUGCAGUGAUGAAGAGGCAGAACUUUUCCUGUCUCGGCUGCGGUUUCUGCUUGGCCAGGGUUACAGUGUGCACGACGAAUACUCAGACGGCACGAACACCAUCAGCAACAUCAUCCGAUUUGCUGCGAAUCAACAGUAUUGUCAAGCUCAGAAAGACAUCUUGGUGUUUUUGUUGAAACACGGCGCUGAUGCCCACUCCCUUGGCCUUUCUGGGAUAUCCGUCUCAAGGUUUGCAUACAAUCAAGCGUUGUGUACAAAAUGCCGUGAAGUCUACCCGGCACACUUGGGGGACCUCUGGGACUCUGUUCUAGAUGACUGUGGCUACGAGAUCUUGGAAUUCAGAAAGAUUAGUCCCCGAAGAGCUCGCUACACAAAAGACUACACGCGCGAGGUCUUUGAGCAGCUCUGGCAAGGGAAGGAGGAUCGGUGCCCCUACUGGGAUGACGAGCCAUGGCCAGAAGCCCCCCCUGAGGAUGUUCAAGAGAACUGGGCUUUUUUUCACACCGAUGGGAGAAUCUGUGUUAGAUGCGAUCACUGCUUUCAGGGGUAUAUUUAUGGCAAUGGGUGUGGCACGUGUGGUUUUUGCUGCUCGAUCGUUGGCUGCCAGUGCGCCAAAAACGGGACGCCCGGACAUAAGAAGAACUGCCACCGCCCUCUUCGUCGACCCUUCGAAUGGGAUGAAGAAAAUUGUCGGUAUUUCUUCAUCGAGGAUGGUGACUCCUCAGCGCAAGACGUGUCGGACGAUCAUCAAUCAUUGGAUGAUGCAUCAAUCGACAACGGGUUUUGCUCAGAUGAUUUGUUUCAGAAAGAGCAUGGCCAAGAAGACCAGACAUUGGCAGUGAAUCCACAGGAGGAUCGUGAUUGGGAUACAGUGUCGCCCACUUCGUCACAAUCAUCGCAGUAUACGGUGGACGGCCUACGGUCCCUGCCGGAGCUCUUUGAGAAUCCUUGGGAGCGAGACUAA